CCACUCCCAACUCCGUCGUUCCUUCCCUCUGGUAAAAAGUUUGCACAGCAACCUGGAGAUUGUCCACGUUUACAGCCUUCAGACGCCGCUUUCCUGCUCCACAUCUGCAGCCGAGGCCCUCUCUGAAAGGACGCAAACAGCCACGCUCCCAAAAUUGAUCAGAUUUAUCACUAUUGCGGCAUUAUUUUUUUUCGAAUCCUUCUAAGUUAUUUAGCGUGAUUCUGCAAAUAUGUUUGCCUGCUGCCUUGUUUUUUUCCUCUUCACUACGUGGUCUCCCGUAGAGUGUAAUCCCAGUCCUGUGUUAGGAGAUGUAGUCGUGGACAGAUACUUCAUCCCCAAGGUCUGUGCCAGAGAAGCGAAAGAGGGAGAUAAUGUUCGUUAUCACUACAACGCCACAUUUGUCGACGGGAAAAUAUUUGAUUCAAGCCAUCAGAGAGGAGCCGCCAAGGUCGGACUCUUAGGUGAGGGUCGACUCAUCGCUGGCAUUGAUAAAGGCCUGCAGGGCAUGUGUGUGAAUGAGCGCAGGACAAUCACCAUCCCACCUCACCUGGCUUACGGAAGCACCGGUGCAGGGGACGUGGUUCCUCCAGAUACCACCCUGGUGUUUGACAUCCAUCUGUUGGAUCUGUGGAACAAAGCCGACCUGGUCGUCACCAAAGCUGUCACCACUCCCAAAGACUGUAAACGCUCUGUGAUGCGCACCGACUUUGUGCGUUACCAUUUCAACGGCUCCCUGCUGGACGGAACCGUUUUUGAAUCUAGCUACAUCAGGAAACAGACCCACGACUCCUUAGUGGGGGAAGGUUGGCUGAUCAAGGGCCUGGAUGAGGGCCUGCUGGGCAUGUGUGUGGGAGAGAUCAGAAAUAUUGUCAUCCCACCCUUUAAAGCCUACGGAGAAAAGGGAUCAGGUACAGAGAUUCCUCCCCAGGCGACCCUGGUGUAUGAUGUCAUGUUGGUGGACAUUCAUAACCCGAAGGACAACAUCACCGUUGAGAACCAGGUGGUGCCCGAGUCGUGCACCCGCAGGUCUAUCGUUGGGGAUUACAUGCGGUACCACUACAAUGGUACUUUCCUGAACGGAGUCACCUUUGACACAAGCUACCAGAGAAACAGCACAUACAAUACCUACAUCGGGAUGGGGUAUGUGAUUGCAGGCAUGGACCAGGCCCUGAUUGGUGUGUGCGUUGGGGAGAGGAGGAGGGUCACCAUCCCUCCACACCUGGCGUAUGGAGAAAAAGGAGCAGGUGGUGUCAUCCCUCCGUCGGCUGUACUCGUCUUUGACGUUCAAAUCAUUGACUUCCACAACCCCAACGACAAAGUGGACAUCCAGACCACCCACAAGCCUGAAGUGUGUAACGACACCACCGCGGUGAACGACCUUGUCUGGUAUCACUACAACUGCACCAUGUUGGACGGCACACUGCUCUUUUCCUCACAUGACUAUGAGAACCUUCAGGAUGCAGUGCUGGGGUCAGACAAAGUGAUCGACGGGCUUGACGAGGGUUUGCGGGGCAUGUGUGUGGGAGAGAAGAGGUUGAUAACAGUGCCUCCUCACCUGGGCCACGGAGAGAAAGGAGCCACUGGUGUGCCGAGCAGUGCUGUGUUGGUCUUUGAUAUUGAACUGGUGAGCUUUGAGAAGGGAGUGCCCCCUGGUUACCUGUUUGUGUGGCUAGAGGACACUCCUGCAAACCUGUUUGAAGCCUUGGACAUCAACAAGAACAAAGAGGUUCCAGAGGAGGAGUUCGGGGAGUUCAUCAAGCUGCAGGUGGCAGAGGGCAAAGGUCGUAUAAAGCCUGGACUGACCAUGGAGCAGGUUGUUACUGACAUGUUCCACAACCAGGACCGAAAUAAAGAUGGACUGAUCACAGAGAACGAGCUCAAACUGAAGGUCGAGGAGGACAAGGAAAGGGAAAUGAGGCAUGAGGAGUUGUGAUGAGGAUGAAUGUUUUUAUUCUCUCUCAGGGAUGAACCCACCAACACAACAAAAACAAGCAGCGAGAGACUUUUCCCAUACAGCGUCAAGGUUUUAAUAUUGAACAGUUUUUUUUUCUUUAAAUGACAAGAAAACAGUGCAGAUGAUCUUUUUGUGUGUUGUUGUGUGAGUGUUUGACAGUAUGUAUUUCAGAAAACAAAACAAGCACCUUUAUUUGUCCCUGAAAGUCACAUUAAUUAAAAUGUUUGUAAGAAAAUGAA